AUGAGUGCACGCAAUGACUCCAUAGUUGAUGCUGCAAGACGCAUUCAGUUGUUCCCUCCUCCUGACAUGGCUUGCAUACUGCAAGGCCCUCCCAAUACCUUGUCUGAUCAAACCCAGCAGUUUCCAGGUUGCUCCCACGAUUACUUCCGGUUGAGUGAUCUGGCUAUGAAGAUCAUGUCCGCUACAAACAUGGAUCUAGAAGACACUUAUGAGCAUAUUCAGCGCCUGACAAACCAGGACAUAGGGUUGAUAAUGCUCACUGGAAUUGAAAGUCUGGGGGAGUUCGCGUCAUGUAAUCAUUGGUUGUGCAAACCUCAAUAUGGCCCCAAAAGCUUACUGAAAGGUGUGCUGCAACACCUGGCCAAAAAUGGAGAUUUUGAUCCUUCCCUAAUCCCUGACUGGCUUCAACCACAACCACAGGUAGACUUUGAAAUGGUACUAGACCUGAGGAACAUAGCGGUCAAGCUAUCAACUCUCAUCCAGGCUGAUAACUGGGAAAUUAAAACCGCUGUGGAAGCACUGAAGUUGACAGAUCUGAGCUUAAUCCUCAUGGCUGGAAUGGAAAAACUUGUCAGCACUUCUGAAUGCUACAAGAAUUUUCAAAGAGUCCAAGAGUGCCCAAAAUUUCCUGGCGUGCUUGUGGAAGGUUUGUCUUCCCCGCCCUCAUCGUAUGUGCUUUCACACGAUGUUAUUGGGACCCCAGACCCAUUAACGCUUGAUUCUAUCUCACUGCUCACAGGACCCUCUGGUACAAGCGGGGGAUCUUGGGGGGGUGGAGGGCCUUUCAUCAAUUCACAGAUGACCAAAGCUGUUGUCAACCUUGAGGAAACAGCCCUUGACUUUUUUCUGGCUGCAAUCUCUACCACACAAGAGGGAACUCUCAACUUUGAGGCCCAGACACAUUCAGGGAGCCGGACUUAA